AAAAGGGAGGAAAUCGCGGUGGCUGCAAAAGGGAAGGAAGAGGAAGCGCAAGGGGCGGCUGGAAAGCGAAGGGAAGCAGCCCAGGCUGCUGGAAGAGAAGGGAGGCAGCCUAGAAGUGGAGCAGAAGCUGGCAUUGCGCACAAACUUUGCAGUUUCGUCCAUGCGUUCCUCCCGGGGCCGUGAGGCGGCCGGCCAGUGCGCGAGCUGAGGUGGCCUACCCAGGGCAAUGGACUUGGAGCCCCACGCAAGCAUGCAGGUUGGAAUGCGGGUGGUCCGUGGGCUGGACUGGAAGUGGAGCAACCAGGACAACGGCGAAGGCAACGUCGGGACGGUGGUGGAGAUCGGACGGCAGGGUAGCCCGACCACACCAGAUAAGACCGUGGUGGUCCAGUGGGACCAGGGGACCCGGACCAACUAUCGGACAGGUUUCCAAGGAUCCUAUGACCUUCUGUUGUACGACAAUGCACAAAUAGGUGUCCGCCACCCCAACAUCAUCUGUGACUGCUGCAAGAAGCACGGGAUCCGCGGCGUGCGCUGGAAGUGCAAGAUCUGCUUCGAUUAUGACUUGUGCAUGCAGUGCUACAUGAACAACAAGCACGACCUCUCCCACGCCUUUGAGCGCUACGAAACUGCCCACUCCCGGCCAGUCACCGUGAGUCCACGGCAGAACUUGUCUCGCAUCACGCUGAAGGGGACUUUCCAGGGCGCAAAAGUGGUUCGGGGCCCCGACUGGGAAUGGGGUAACCAGGACGGUGGCGAAGGCAAAACCGGGCGAGUGGUCGACAUCCGUGGCUGGGACGUGGAGACCGGCCGGAGCGUGGCCAGUGUGACGUGGGCCGAUGGCACCACGAACGUCUACCGGGUUGGGCACAAAGGGAAAGUUGACCUCAAGUGCAUUGGAGAAGCGUCUGGGGGUUUGUACUACAAGGAGCAUCUCCCUAAAUUAGGUAAGCCGGCCGAGUUGCAGAAAAAGGAGAGUACGGAGCGGCACCCGUUCCAGCACGGGGACAAGGUGAAGUGCCUCUUGGACAUCGACAUCUUACGGGAGAUGCAGGAGGGGCACGGGGGCUGGAACCCGAAAAUGGCCGAGUUCAUUGGCCAAACGGGGACAGUGCACAGGAUCACGGACCGAGGAGAUGUGAGAGUCCAGUUCAACAGCGAUACCCGAUGGACCUUUCACCCGGGGGCUCUGACUAAGCUCAACACCUUUUGGGUUGAUGAUGUUGUCCGGGUGAUAGAUGAGAUGGAAACGGUCAAGCAAUUGCAAGCUGGUCACGGGGAAUGGACAGAUGAGAUGGCCCCUAUCCUGGGGCACAUCGGCAAAGUGAUCAAAGUGUUUGGAGACGGGGACUUGCGGGUGUCUUUCGCGGGUCAGUCCUGGACGUUCAACCCCGCCUGCCUGACGGCCUACCAGAGAGAGGAGGAUGCCAACCUCAUGACCACCGAGGAUGCGAAAGAAUCUAAAAGCACGUUGCUCUCUGUGCUGGGAAGAUUGCUCUCUCAGAAGAUGGAAUCCGAUAACCCCGGCCGCCUGGUCAUAGAGGCAGCGCACGGGAACGUCCCCAAGGUCCGGGAUCUGGUUCAGAAGUACUCAGACAAGGUAGAUAUCAAAAACCAGGGCAGGACAGCCUUGCAGGUGGCUUCUUACCUAGGCCAGGUGGAAGUGGUGAAAAUCUUGCUGCAGGCCCACGCCAACAUUAACCUGCGGGACGAAGAAGGAGACGCGGCCCUUCAUUACGCAGCUUUUGGGAAGCAAGCGGAGAUUGCCCGUGUGCUGGUCAGCAAAGGUGCCAACGCGGACCUCCUGAACAACGCCAAGUGUACGGCCCUGUACAUUGCGGUCAACAAAGGCUUCACGGAAGUUGUGCAGGCCUUGUGCGAGCACAACUGCGACGUUAACCUGCCGGAUUCGUACGGCGACACCCCGCUCCAUUACGCCAUCACCGCCGACUUCAAGUGCAUCAUCGAGGCCCUGACCGAAGUCCCCAAUAUCGAUUUCACCGUCCAGAACCGGCAGGGGUUCAACCUGCUGCACCAUUCGGCUCUGAAGGGGAACAAGCUAGCCAUCAAGAAGAUCCUAGCAAGAGCCCGGCAAUUGGUGGAUGCAAAGAAGGAAGACGGAUUCACCGCCUUGCAUCUCGCCGCCCUCAACAACCACAAAGAAGUAGCGGAGAUCUUGAUCAAAGAGGGCCGGUGUGACGUCAACCUCAAGAACAACCGUAACCAGACGCCCUUGCACUUGGCGGUCACGCAGGGCCACAUGGAGAUGGUGCAGCUGCUGGUGAGCGAGGGCUCCGACGUCAAUGCCGAAGACGAGGACGGCGACACGGCCAUGCACAUUGUCCUGGAGAGGGAGCACCUGAUGUCGAUCGUGGCCGAGGAACAGCAAGAUGGGGCGGAGAGCCUCUUCUCUAAGCUCCAGGCAUCUGGGUUCCUCGGCAGUCUGGAGCUAAAUGUGGGGGCUGCCAUUGCGUGCUACUUGGCGCAAGAAGGGGCCGACGUCAACUACGCCAACCACAGGGGCAAGGCCCCCCUCGACCUUGUCUCGGACGGAAGCGUAGUACAACUUAUCAAGACCUUUUCCCAAAAAUUCAGGGAACAACAGGACUCCUUGGAGAGUUCCACAGUGACAUGCAGCCUGAGACGAGUCCACACGACUCCCAACACCAUGACGAACCUCAGCGUGGCCAAGGUAGCGGCCCCCUCGGAGUGCCUGGUCUGCUCAGAGCUGGCUCUCCUUGUCCACUUCUUCCCCUGUCAGCACAGUAUCGUGUGCGAAGAAUGCUCCAGGAGGAUGAAGAAAUGCAUCAAAUGCCAAGUGACGAUUACCAAGAAGCUCAAGCAAGAUAGCUCGGAGGUGGAGUGGGGUUCCUGCUCGGAAUCGACGGACCAGAAGAAGCUGAUGGAGGACCUGCAGAACCGCUACCGGCAGAUGGAGGAACGCAUCACCUGCCCCAUCUGCAUCGAUAACCAAAUCAAACUGAUCUUCCAGUGCGGGCACGGGUCGUGCCACGAGUGCAGCGCCGCCUUGGCCGUGUGCCCCAUCUGCCGGCAGACAAUCCGCGAACGGAUACACAUCUUCGUUUGAGGGCGCCGCCGGUUCCUCCGCCCCCCCCCCCCCCCCGGUUGCUAAUCCAGCCCCUCCCGAAAGACGUCUUUUGAAUUUAUUUCCCCCCCCCCUUUUCGUUUUUUGUUCAGAAUCACAACCAGCCGGACAUGUUUCUAAUGACGGUGACGAAGCAAGGGGGCAGCCAGAGACAUCGCUAUAGCAAGGCCACGAAUCCAGGGCUCCUAUCCUGCUUACUUUUUCGGGUUUUUUUUAAUUAUUAUUAACUACAACAGGUGUGCGGACUUGACACCGCAAGGGGCUGGUUACAGGAGCCUGCAGGGUGCAGCGUCACCGCUGCCUCGGUGGCACGGGCGUGAUUUGGCCGAGGGGGCG